GCCAACGCCCAACAGAAAACCCGAAACCAUGUCCUCCAGCGCCGCCACGGAGGCGACCCCGCUCCUCGCAGCGGCGUUCCUACUCCGCCUCCGCCCCAUUAUCUCCCCAUCGGCUGCCGCGGUUGUCCACGGUAUCCGCUCCGCUGCGGCGCUGUUGGCCAUCGCCGCCUUCCUCGCCGUAAUAUGCGCCGUACCCGCCGCACGCUCCCAGCACGCCUCCGACGCCGAGGCCUUGCGCUUGGAGAUUGACGACCUCAGGCUUAAGAUUGCGCGGUUGGAAUCUAUCUUGGAGGGGGACACAAAAUCUUUGAGGACUAAAGCUUACAUUAUGGAGGAGGAUAACAAACUCACUGAAGCAAUGGAACAUGACAUCCAGCUUUUAAUGAAUGUAGAAGAGACAAAGAAAUCUGAAAGAAAAUCAUAUUCUGAAAGCAACAUUUUUGCUAUGGAAGAUGAGGUCCAAAUCCUGCAGCAAGAGGUCAGAAAGAUAAACAGCAUUGCUUAUACUAUAGAGUCACUGGCAAAUGAUGCAGAGAAAAGGGUAGAGUUCCUGAGUAAUGAAGUCAAAAAGAUAGAGGAUAUAAUUGCAGAACAAUGGAUCCAAAUUCGGCAAUUUGAACAAGCAUUUGUGUUAACAAAGAUGAUGACUUCGAAAGUUCAUGAAAGGAGGUUAUCUGGGAAUGCGUACUAUUGGCCCGGAAAAUACACAGUUCCCAAGUAUAUCAGGAACCUUGAUCUUCAUGGUAUGUUUCUUGUGGGGGCAUCACUCACAAGGACCUGCUUUUCUCAUACUUACAAACAUUGGAGGAGUUUCGUUCAAGCAAUGAACAGAUGCUACCAUGAGGCUUCCCGGUUCUGCAAAGCAAUCCGUCGUCCAUGCCCUCCUGAUAUUCAUAGGCCUGAUGUCUUUUUCUUGGGCGGAUCCAUCUCAAGAUCAUGCAUUUCUCUUCCUUAUAAGCAAUUCAAGAUUCUUGUGUCAUCAGCACAAAGGAUUCAUCAUAAGGUCCAAGUGAAUCUCCAAGAUGUAAUGAGAUCCAACAGAUAUAGUAGAGGUUUAGCAAAUGAAAUGAUCACAUUCUGCAUGGCAUAUCUUCUCGUUAUAUCUCCAGUGUGGAUUGCAUGGUUCAUUUUCUCAAUGCGAUUUGGCUCAAAGAAAUGAACAGCUUGCUGGUUAUUUCUCUCCAUCUUUUUACCUAAAACAAUUAUGGAAGAGUUAACAACAUCGAAGUGAGAAAUAUAGGCUGUAUUUAUGUUUAUCUUGUAAUUACUGUCAAAGUAUUACACCUGGGGUCAUUAAUCAUCACUCUUGUACAGCUAAUGCAAGCCCCGCGUUGAGAUGUGGAUUUAUGUUUAUCUUGUAACAAAAUAGAUAGUGAAGUUUCACGCAGGAACUUGAAAUUGCGAGAAAUAUGACAGAGAGUUGUUGCACA